UUUUUAAAUUCCUUGUAGGUAUUGGGCUCAGUGUCUUUUUGAAUCAGGAAGUCCACCUAUUUGACCUUACUUUCAGAAAUUCACAAAUCAAGUGAAGCUGGACACAAAACCUACAAAAAUGAUUUUGUUUAUAUGACCAGGAAGUAAACCUUUUUUGCCAUUAUUAUGUAAGUGUUUACCUUUCUAAAUAUUUAAUGACUUUAUAUACUUAAUGUAUACAGAGCCCCAGUUUUGUGAAGCCUCUUUAGUUUGCCUCAAGGUAUACUGUGAAAUUAGAGAGCUUAAACGUCACACUGAUACUAACCUGAAAAACGUGAAUUGCGACUCAGCAGGGUGUGACCCUAAAGAAUUUCAAACAAAAAAGAGCGAGAGCAGUCAUGGUUUCAGUGUUUCCCGUGGCUCCUCACAGAGUACAUGUUUAGAAACUCGCUUUGGAUUGGGAUAUUUCCUGCUCGCACAGAAAUAGCAAUAGAAAAGGAUGUUACAGACUAUAAGUGACUAUUUUUGGUGGGACCGGCUGUGGUUUCCUGGAAACCUGACCUGGACAGAUUUUGAAGACAGAGAUGGACUCGUCUUUGCCAAAGUUUCACAUCUGUUCAUCACAGUGCCUUAUGCUGUAGCUUUUAUGGUGAUCAGAUAUGUCUUUGAAAGGUUUAUAGCGACACAUAUAGGAAAAAAAAUCUUUGGACUCCGGGAAACUGUUAGACUGAAGGCUUCGGAGAACAUAGUCCUAGAGAAAUAUUUCAUCACCCGCUUGAGGAAUCCAUCACAGUCAGAUCUAGAAGGAUUGGCAAAAAAGUGCAACUGGACGGUGCGAAAGGUGGAAAGAUGGUUUCGAAGAAGACGCAACCAGGAGAGGCCAAGUGUACUGAAAAAGUUCAGGGAGGCUUGUUGGAGAUUUGUGUUUUAUCUCUCAGCAUUUAUUGGAGGCUUUGCAGUUCUGUACGAUAAACCAUGGUUCACAGAUACCUUGGAAAUAUUCAAUGGAUUUCCAAAGCAGACGUUGUUGGAUUCGCAGUACUGGUAUUACAUAAUUGAGAUGAGUUUUUAUUGCUCGUUACUGUUCAGUGUCGCCUUUGAUGUGAAAAGAAAGGACUUUAAGGAGCAAAUCAUCCACCAUGUAGCAACGCUUAAUUUACUGGCGUUUUCCUGGUGUUGCAAUUACAUCCGAGUUGGAACGCUGGUCAUGCUCGUCCACGACGCCUCUGAUGUUUUAUUGGAGUCUGCAAAGAUGUUUAAUUACGCUGGAUUUACAAUGAUCUGCAACAGCCUGUUUGUGUUAUUUACAAUUGUGUUCAUCAUCACCAGGCUAGUCAUCUUCCCUUUUUGGAUUAUCCACUGUACCUGGUUUUACCCAGUUCUUUUCUUCCCCCCAUUCUUUGGAUAUUAUUUCUUCAAUGCGAUGCUCAUAGUUCUACAGAUGCUACACAUAUUCUGGACGUAUCUGAUAUUACGGAUGGUGAAAAAAUUUAUCUUUGGAAAUAUGGUUGGUGAUGAGAGGAGUGACCAUGAAGAAGAAGAGGAAGAAGAAACAUCACAAGAGGAAGGAGAUCAGAGAAUGAGGAAUGGAUCCGCAACAGGGAGAUAUCUAGGUCAAAAGAGUCAGCGUGAUCAUUAACGCUGACGCACACACACACGCCACCGCCUCCUGCAGCCCUGCUCUGGCUGUGUCCUCAAGGAAACCCAAACGGCACUCUGAAGAUGUGUGCAGUCUGCUGCCAGCUGGAAGUAUUGAUGAAAAACACAAUGUGCACAUCUGAUUUAUUGCUGCAGGUCCUGGAACAGAGCCCAGUAAAAAAAUGUGCUUCAUCCAACAGAACGUAUAGACAGCCUUGCACACACACACACACACGCACACACACACACACACACACACACGCUUUAACAUAACUUAUAAAGCUCAUUAAACAGAGUACUGUGCCAGUGAAGGUACAUUUGUGAGGGUAUACAAAUCAGUUUGCUGUAUGUAGCUAAAUAUUUUGUAGUAUUAUUAGAUAUUUUUUGUAUUCUGUUAUAUGUGUGUGUCAUCUAUCUAUCUAUAUAUCUAUAUAUAUUUUUGUUACAACAUGGCUACCUUAGACUAAAGAAAGAAACCUUAAAUUGAACACAUCGUUUUAAUUGAAGUUCUUGGUCAGUAAUCCAUUACAGUGUAUUUUACUGAAAAAAGGACAGUUGCUAAAAGUCCCACUUAUAUGUGACAUUAGGUUACUUUCAAAGAGUGAGUUAAAAAAGAAAGAAAGAAUACAAGCCAAAAUACAGUAUUCCAACUAAAACCAAAAACACAUUUUCUGGGGUGUUACCCCUCAAUUUACAAGGUUCUUGGUAUGACUUGGGUGUCUCCGCUUGCAGUACCCCCUCAUAUAUUUCAGUUACAUAUAAAAACAAAGCUGCAUGUUCAAUCACAAGUAGUCAUUACGGAUGUGUUUGUUUUUCAUAACUUGUCUUUUAAACUUUUCAUAACUUGUUCUAUCUGGCAAACAUCAUAUUGGGGAGGGGGGGAGGGGUCAGUAUCUUUUUACAAAAUCUAUAAAACAUACUUGUCAUUCUUGUGAGUUAUGACAACAAAUUCUUAAGCAACAUUCCAAAGCUGGUUGCUAUGCAUUCCUGUAUGUUAUUGUGUUAGAACCGUUGGUUUGGAAGGGUGGAAAGAGCCCUUCUUAUUUCUUAGAUUAGAAACAGAUUCACUGAAAAGAACCAUGGGGUCUAGUCAAUUAAUUGAAACUGCGGCAGAUCUUAAUACCACCCUUGCUGCAAUCACUAAAACAGGUCUCGUCCCUGGUGUUUUCCAUAUUUAAAAGACAUAAACACUAAAGAGACUCAAAUGACCUGUUGGAUGAUUUAUUUGCAUAUCCCAGGUACCCAAAGACCCCUGUUCUGGAUUUGCUGUUGUUUAGAUCAACUGAAGAGAUCAAAUGAAACCUAUUGGAGUAUUUCUAUGGAUAAUUUCUUUAAAACCAGGUGUUUAUUUCUUUUCUUCUGAUAAAUAGUUUUACUAAAUUCAAUAAAUAUUUUUUAAAGUGA